AUGAAUUACGAUCCUCUAGUUGACGUUGCUAUGUCAUACAUCCAAGAUAACACAGUUGCUCUAAGUCCAACAUCCAUAGAGGAGAUUAAGAAAAUCUUUCAAGAUUUCAUCUACAACCCAAUGGAUUACUUAGUUUAUUGUGAAAGACUCCUCCACUACGUUGAUAACGCCCAAUCCAUUGAAAAACUCAAGGCUAUACUUGAUGUCGAGGAUGACCCAAUCCCACCAAGCCCCGUAAUAGAGAAAGGAUCUUCCAAUUCUAGAAGGAAGACACGAACAUGGACGAAUUCGGAAGAUAUAAGGCUUCUCAAAGCCAUCCACAAAUUGGGAUUGGAGAAUUGGAACGAGGUGGCCCAAUACGUGGGUAAUGGUCGUACCCGCUCACAAUGCAGUCAACGUUGGAUCCGUGUUCUAGAUCCAAGAAUAUCAAAAGCUAACUGGACAAAGGAAGAAGUCCAGAAGCUUAUAGAUUUAGUUUUAUUAUAUGGCGAAAAAUCAUGGGCCAAAGUUUCGGCCAAAAUGGGUAAUAGAAGUGAUGUUCAGUGCAGAUAUCGUUAUCAACAGAUUCCGAAGUCUCACUUAUUACAGAGUAAGGCAGAGAAAUCUUAUGAAUCUAGUCCUAAAGACGAAUCUGUAGAAGAAGAACAUUCGGAACCGGCGUCAAUGACUCCAGAUCCAAUGUUAUUCACAUCUGCUGCACAGCAUGAUGUAAUUAUGUUACCUCAGGAAUUGAAAUUAGACGAUCAAAUUCCUUUGGUUGCUUCCCAUUACGAUGUUUUUAAGUCUGAAUCUUUGUUUGACUCUUCUUUCUGGCUUCAUUGA